AUGAAUCCUUCAGGCGCGCUGCAACCGUCACCAGGCCCCAAGCCUCCGGCACGCUACCAAUGGGGCAAACCCAUCAAAGACCAGAUCUUCUGGCAGAAGCCCGACAAGCCAAUGUUCCUCGACGAAGUGUUGCUCGACUUCCCAGAGGCUGAUAUGAAUGUUGGACCCACCUCGAAGGUCGAGGCCAAUGUGCGAUUCCUCCGACAGCGCCACCAGGAGCAGAGGCGCCGUCUUCUGGCGCGUCACGAAGCCGAGUACCAGAAGUGGAUGGCCGACAUCGAGAAAGGCAUCGAUGUUGAGGACUUCCCCGCCGACGACUACCAGUUUAUCAAGCCUACCAUUGGGAUUUAUCCAGAGUCCGUCGAGAUGAUCAAAUCGGAGGAAUCAAGGGCGAUGAUCAAGCGUCUGCCGAUCGACAAGCGCAACGUGUUGGUCUCUAUCGAUCAGCUUAUCGCCCUCACGCAACCGUCUGGCUCCGGGGGGCACACUGCUCCUGAUGCCCGAGAAUCCUCUGCGUCCGGAGAUGCACGCAAGUCAAGGAGCGGUACUCCUCCUGUCCGAAAUGACCGGGUGCGUACUCUGGAGAAGAUAAAUCCCAUCGACGAUGGUCGGACUCGUGCUCGGAGAAUUCCCGCUGACGAUGGUGGGAUUUGCGCUCAGCAGACAUCACGCCGUCAGCUAGAAACUCCGGCGAUCAAUUUCGCCGCGCUGAUUGGGCGUAUGGCAGCCGACGAGCGGAGAAGGAUGCUGGGCGAAGACCAGGAGCUGCGGCUGUUCCACAUUGACACCAUGGAGAUCUACUACCAGGCCAUGAUGAAACUUGACUCGGUCAAGUAUCCCCCGCUGCCUCCGCAGCAGAGGGAGGGUCGAACAACGGCGCCGCUGAAUAAGGACGGCAGCGCGUUCAGAAGGAGGUCGUCGGGCUGGUUUUCCUGCCCAGAGGCCACGGAGUAG